CUCCGCCCUGAAGCGCACGCCCUCACGCAGCUGCACUUCGCCUUUGUUCUCGCCACCUACCGGUCUCAAUGAGGCCCUGCAACGAUCCUCUGGACCACACAGCGCGCUCCGCCGGAUUUAUUGCAACGUGGAACUUUCGAGAGGAAUCCGUGGCUGUGCUGCGGAACCAGAGAGAGAGAGGAGGCCGACAGCGAUUCACCCUCACCAUGACCAGUUGCCGCCACCACUCAGGAUACUUGGCAGACGAUGAGGCCGGCCACACCACUUACGUGGCCCGGCCGCCUAAGAAGCCACUGUUCCUGGAAAUGGGACAAGUCUCCAAGCUGGGCCACAUGCCACACCCACCAUCGAGGUACACUCUCACAGACAGUGCAGGGCUCCGUGGCCACCAACAAAACCCAAGGGACCCUCGGCCCUUUGGUAGCUUCCUGGAUUUCCUUGUCAAAGGCCAGGUGCUGGACAGCCUACAGACGGUGGUGGAGGAGGCCACUGAGCGCAUGACCACCAUGAAGACAGAGGCUGGAGUGCCACUGGUGGAGGUGCAGGACCCAAUAGAGGUACCAAGGGGUAGGCGGCGGGUACGUGCCCAGCCUAGCCUCAGUACCAUGCACCGGCACCAUGUCCGGCCCAGCCUCUGCACUGGAUGUCCCAACAACUACCCAUCCUGCUCCAGCUCCAUGUCUGACUCCCAUAGCAGCCUCACAGCUGGCUGGCUGGGAUCCCACAGCCAGGACAGUGACCUGGGCACCCGUGGCAUGGGCUCACUGCCACCCAUGAGGGACAAACUUUUGCUGGAGAAGAACCUCAAACGGCUGCUGAAGCUGAAGAACAGAGGGAAAGGCCUGGAUCAGUCCUGCUUCCAGAGGGACUCCCUGCUGUGGGAUUCACUGGACAGCCAUGCCAGCAACCAGUGGACCCGGGAGCCGCCUCUGUCCUCGUUCUCAGGCCAGCUGGGCUCAAGCUCAGGCACACCUCAAACAUCAGAGUUGGGCCCUGGAGAACAGGAACUGAUUUGCCUCAAGCAAGAGUUUAAUAAGGACAUCAAGUCAUUGUUGAGCCAGCCAGCAUCCUUUGACCUGCCUGGCUACUGUUCAUUCCGUGAGCCCCAUCGGACUCUGGACUUUCUGGCUGAGCACCAGCUCUUUCCUGCCCUGCAGAGUGUGGUCAGCCAGGCUGUGGACAAGCUCCGUGGUGCCUGCCGCCAUGAUGGCUGCCCUCUCUUCCCAUCAGAAUGGGAGCCCGCAACAGAGCCCAACUCUGACUCCAUGCCAGGCUCCAAGCUAGCCACACCCACUGAUGAGGAGGAGCCCUAUGAUAUGCUACCCACCAGAACCUCCAGCCCCAAGAUGGCUCGCAGAAAGAGCACCAAGGGCAGAGGACAGGCCAAGCCCAAGGAAGGUGGUUCCCCCAUGUCCAGUGCCCAAGUGGCCACCAGACUCAGGCUCAAGAGCCCCAGUUACAAGUUCAUAAAGAAGAAGCCACUGCCCUCCAUCUCAUCCAAGUCUACCAUAUCCCACCUCUCCAACCCCUUGUACCAGGAGCUCAUCAACUACUUGGUGGAGCAGGCUGUGUCCUUGCUCAUCUGCAAGUACAAAUUCGAGAAGAACCUUUCCAAGCAGCUAGGCUUCAUCUCAUUCCCUGUCACCGAGACGCUCGUGGACCUCCUCCUGGGCUUCAAGAAAGUGAAGGGCUCCCACAUCUGCCUGUCCUCAAAGAUCAACUGGAGCUGCCUGUUGCGCAAGCUGGAGGAGGCAGAGUGGGCCCGACAGCUGUCUAGACAAGGGUCCCAGCACGACUCCCACCGCGGCACCGCCCACCGCAGCACUGCCCACCAGGGGGCACCCCGGAGCAACACGGAGUCCCCCUCCAUGCUGCCUGAGCCGUCCACCCAAAAGAAUCAGGAGGAGGACACAGAGCCCACUCUCCACAGUGAGUUGCUGGACCCUCAGCUCCUCCCAGCUCAGGAGGAUACUACACUCGAGGAGAAGGAGCCCAAGAGCCAGGAGGAGCCCAGGCCCUUCAUGUUCACUGGCACAGACAGGGGCUCCGAUCUGUGUCAGGAAGUUGUAGACAUGGACAGUCAAGGUGAUGAGGAGGAAGAGGACGAGGACAAGAAUGAUGACUUCUUUGGGGACAAGGGCAAACCCCAGAGCUCUCCCGAGUCUCAAGUGGAGGCCGAUGUCAGCAGUGACUCCAGAGAUGUGGGCCACAGUCACGCUCCGUGAGGCCUAUGAGUUGCACCCAGUGCUUGAUUCCCUGCUCCUCCUCUUGCUCCAAUGGAGUGCUGCCCCCCCCCCCACACACACCGGCCCUUGCCCUGAGCAGAGGUCAGGGUGGUCUGAAUGCCCACGAGGAGCUCUGCUGGCCUAUCAGGAAAGCCAGAGGGAGAAAUAAAGUCUGUGUUGAUGGA